AUGUUCUCGUCGCAGCUGGGACGCGCCGCCCGUGUCGGCACCCAAUCAGCCAGCAUCUCUACAUCAUCCUGCGCCGUCGCCAACCGUGUAUCAUCAGCGGCUUGCCCGACUCUGCUUUCGCGCCAACGCCGACUCUCGUCAAGCAAGGCUUCAUGCCCGCCUAACGGUGACUCGAACCGCUCCCGCCAACCUGCCGCCGCAACCAAGCCCGAUCUGCCAUCCUCUCGUCCCGCAAAGUCGCGUUCUUCUGCCAGCCAAAAGUCCAACUCGGCCAGUCGCAAUGUCAAGGCCGCCAAGGAUGAGACUUUCGCCAACCUGCCCAGCGUGCCUUCGACUGAGCACAUCCUCCCUCAAGGUGUGUAUCUGGCAUUCAGACAAAGACCGAAGGUUCCCGCUGACACUCUCUUGCAGNAUCUCACCCUCUCAUCUUUCUUCAGUCUCCACCGUCCACUCAGUCUGGGCACAGCCAUCCCGCCCGCUGCCGACAUGACGGCCUUCAACACCAUCUUCGAGCCUAAGUCGAAGCAGCAANAGACGAACCAGGACGUCAUUUUCACCCUUUCCAACGCCAUCAACGGUAUCGAGAGCAAACAAAGAGACGCAGAUAUGGGCUGGGAAAUCAUUCAAGAGUCGUCAUCCAACUCAGACGUCAAGCACCUGGACGGUGUGCCACGCUCGAGGUCGCUGGAGGAUUUGGUUGCACAGUUGAAGCCUUUCACUGCUCCUCCGCCACCCGCUCCCGUCAACAUUGAGCAACAACAGCGCAAGGUCCGCGCCGCUCCCGCUCCCACCGUCAGCCAGAAACACUUCAAGACUACCAUCACCGUCACAGAAAACAAGCGUUCGGAUGGCGUUACUUUUUACACUGCCUCGGCCACCCCACCGGAGCCCGCUGCCAUCAAGGAGGCCCCUUCAUCCACCUCAACCACCCCCUUCAAGGACCGCCUGCGAAACCGCGAGCUGAACUUUAUGGAGAAAGAGCUCGAACAACAAAGAAGCGACAUCUCCAUCUUGGAAGGCGAGAACAGCAAGGGGGAGAUGCACGCCAUCUCGGUCAAGAGACAGCGCAAGCUGAAGAUGAAGAAGCACAAGUACAAGAAGCUGAUGAAGCGCACGAGAAACUUGAGACGCAGGUUGGAUAGAAACUAG